UUUGUUUGGUUUUUUUACCCGGUGCACUUGAAAGGUCACCUUGUCUUGCUGGAAAAGAAGCAAACUGCUGCUCACUGUUUAGCAGCUUCCACGUGCAUUUCUUAAAUGUUCCUGUCUAGUUAGGCUACCUAGCUUUACAGAGAAGUAUACUCAUGGUAGAUGAGAAAGGAAAGAACAUGAAAUGUCUCACCUUCUUCUUGAUGCUUCCAGAGACAGUCAAGAACAGGUCCAAGAAGAACUCUAAGAAGGGAAAUAGCAGCAGCAGUAGCAGCAGCAAAUUGCCUCCAGUUUGCUAUGAAAUCAUUACCUUGAAGACCAAAAAGAAGAAGAAGAUGGCUGCUGAUAUUUUUCCCCGAAAGAAACCAGCUAAUACUAAUACAACUGCUGUCCAGCAGUACCACCAGCAAAAUCUCAAUAACAACAACACUAUUCCAGCACCUAAUUGGCAAGGACUUUAUCCAACCAUCAGAGAGAGAAACGCAGUGAUGUUCAACAAUGACUUGAUGGCAGAUGUUCAUUUUGUGGUCGGGCCACCAGGUGGGACCCAGCGGCUCCCAGGACACAAAUAUGUCCUGGCUGUUGGGAGCUCUGUGUUCCACGCGAUGUUUUACGGAGAGCUCGCUGAGGACAAAGAUGAAAUCCGUAUACCAGAUGUUGAGCCUGCUGCUUUUCUUGCAAUGCUGAAAUACAUAUAUUGUGAUGAAAUUGAUUUGGCUGCAGAUACCGUCCUGGCCACGCUUUACGCUGCCAAGAAGUAUAUCGUCCCUCAUCUUGCCCGUGCCUGCGUCAACUUUCUAGAGACAAGUCUAAGUGCAAAGAAUGCCUGCGUGCUGCUUUCCCAGAGCUGCUUGUUCGAGGAACCUGACCUGACCCAGCGCUGUUGGGAAGUGAUUGAUGCCCAGGCUGAGCUGGCUUUGAAGUCUGAGGGAUUCUGUGACAUUGAUUUUCAGACACUUGAAAGCAUUCUCCGAAGGGAGACUCUGAAUGCCAAAGAAAUUGUUGUGUUUGAAGCAGCUCUGAACUGGGCUGAAGUGGAGUGUCAGCGACAAGAGCUAACGGCCACCAUCGAGAACAAGCGCAAGGUCCUGGGGAAGGCUCUCUACUUGAUACGCAUCCCUACCAUGGCACUCGAUGACUUCGCCAAUGGUGCCGCUCAGUCCGGGAUUCUGACGCUCAAUGAAACCAAUGAUAUCUUCCUCUGGUACACAGCUGCCAAAAAGCCAGAGCUGCAGUUUGUAAGCAAGCCCCGGAAGGGCCUCGUUCCUCAGCGGUGCCACCGCUUCCAGUCCUGCGCUUACCGCAGCAACCAGUGGCGCUACAGGGGCCGGUGUGACAGCAUCCAGUUUGCAGUUGAUAAGAGAGUGUUUAUUGCUGGCUUUGGACUGUAUGGUUCCAGCUGUGGAUCAGCAGAGUACAGUGCCAAGAUCGAACUCAAAAGACAAGGAGUUAUCCUAGGCCAGAACUUGAGUAAAUACUUCUCAGAUGGUUCUAGUAACACUUUUCCCGUGUGGUUUGAAUACCCGGUGCAGAUUGAGCCUGACACCUUUUACACGGCUAGUGUGAUUCUGGAUGGUAAUGAACUCAGCUAUUUUGGACAAGAAGGGAUGACAGAAGUCCAGUGUGGGAAGGUGACUGUUCAGUUUCAGUGCUCUUCAGACAGUACAAACGGCACUGGGGUACAGGGAGGGCAAAUUCCCGAACUCAUAUUUUAUGCUUGAAUGACAAUGUGCGGAGACAAGGCAUUUUGCUAUGAAGAACCUGUCUGGUUCAGGCCUACUGACACUUAGCUUUUUAUCUGCAGAUAUGUGAUCAGUACAGGUAAUAUGUAAUUAAACGCUGUGGGCAAGUUUCUGGCUUGCUAUACUUAUAGCAUUGUUGGUGAUUAAGUGUGAUAUUUAAACUGGAAGCUCUUAGGAGCAAGCAAGUUUUAAAGGCUUUGUAAGAGUGGUGCCUCUUUGCUGAUGAUGCUGACUCUUCGAUGCACCUGUGAAUCAUGAGAGGAUGU